AUGCGAGAGAAUACCACGACCGGGGAUGUGCAGGUGAUGCAGGUUCCAGUGCCGCAGCCCGAUCAGGCCCUGUUUCCGCAACAAGAUAGCCUCACGUCCUUAUCGGGGUUAUUUCCGUUGCAGAGCAUCCGGGAAGCAGAUGAGGCGGGCAAGGGAAACGGAACGUCGCAGCCGCGGCAGCAGGUCGUGCAUGAGUGCUUUUGAAUUUAUUAUCGUCAAUAUGGUUUUCUUUUUUUGAUGAUGAUGAUGUGUUGUUCAUCGUGGCAAGAACUUUUUCCUCCUACCUGCGUAGGAGUAAGAGAAGCGGUCCUCCUCGCGUUUGAAGCAUGUGAAAAAUGUGAGACGACGAGGAGGGAGGACAGACAGGAUUUUACUCGCCCGCACAGAAACAUGAUUGAGACAAAUAUGAAAAAAAUCAGGCAGCCGCGCGACUGCCAGAGGAUAAUGGUGGCCGCCGAGGUACUAGCAAAGCGUCUGGUAGCGCUGCGCAGCUCGUGCGGCGGAAUAGCAAAGAAAAGCCUGGUAUGCAUAUCAAAUAUGUCUGGAGCUUUCUGUGGAGCACUGAAUGAAACUUGUCAUGCGAAGUCUCGGUUGUGAAAAAGUCUGUGUUGCACGGUUACCAAAAGUUGUCCACCUUUGACCAAUUUCCGAGGAAGUUUAUCAUGCAGGAUGGGCAAGAGAACGAUCUCGUCCCAGAAUCCGUCAUGCUAUGUCGUGCACACCAGACCUCAUGGGUCGUGGAAAACGUGCAUGACAAGUCUUGCAAUCUUCUUCCAGACCCAGACGCAGACAUAUUUGCAUUGGAUACAACCUGGUAGCGGCCCCCUCCUGGGUUUCUCAUCGCGGAACCGGUUGGCCAGCGUCGCCAGCAUGGGAAAUUUUCGACCCCCCGUAGACGAAACGGGGGCGCGCCUGGACCACGAGUCGCCGGAGUACCUCUUCUACGAGUUUUGGCGACACAUGAAGGACCUGGAGCGGUUGUGGCGGUCCGUGUUGGGGCGCACUCGGCACCAAGACAAGGAGCAGGCAGUCAAGUUGUUUCACACCUUUGCCCACUCGCCGGCACCACCUUUUCAAAUCAUGAAUCAAGGUCUUAUUUUUAUUCUGACUGCGUCGUUUUUACGCAUGAGUAUCAUGUCUAUUUGUCUUAAGUUCGCAGACGUUCGUAGUUCUAGUUUCUGUUUGGUCUUCUAGCUGACCACCUACAGUAUGACCUCGUGCAUUGAAUCUGCUCGCAUGAAGCAUAUUUACAUUCUUGUAGUUGGGAUUAGUACGCUCACGUUGAAGUUCUGUAAAGUAAGUAACCCAAUAUGUUGUUGUCUCAACUACCGCCAUUAUACACUCAACUUACAUGAAGGUCUGAAUGAGCAGGAGGUUACGGAUUUCGGAGCUUACAUGCAAAAAGCGGACACGUUUUUGCUGCAUAACCUGGCACCCCAGUGGCGCCGGAACGUGGACACAAUUGCAAAAGCGCCUCCAUUAACAUCCGAAAAAUACACAGCCUCUGGGUCAUCUGGGGCCACGCUUGAGUUCGGUCUUUCCUCCUUCCGAGAAAUGCGGCGCGAAACCAGCAUCGGGUCGCAAGUGCGGGCCUUUUUUGACGAUGAAGCAGCAUCGAGGUCAAAAGAUGUAGUUGACACAGAAUUUUUAUCUACAACAUGCCCAGCGGUGGAGCAGGAUCACAAUCACAAUCGACGUCAUCUUCAGUGGUCCCGAGGAGGGCUCGCACUGUGUGCACGACGACCCGACGCAUCUUCUCCCGAUUUAUUUCUAGAUCCGCCUCAACAACAAGAACCAGAAGACCCACCUAGGGAAGAUCCAGCGAACCAAACACGGCCUGACCGCGUCCAUGGGAUCCAGGGAGCAGAAGUUCCUGGUCGUAGUUCCUUAUUGGGACGUCGCGUUCAAUAUGAACCGCAAAAGUAUCGCACUCGUAUAAAUGCAUUACAAAUUUUAAUUUCGUCAGCGUGAGAAAUGAAAUUUGUAAGGCAGAUUGACCUUAAGAAAAGGAUUUGGCAUAUUAUGCAUGAUUGCAAUACGAGUGCGAUACUUUAUUUGCACAGGAUAUUGAAUGUUCCGGGAGGAGUGCCAUCAACCAACAAAACACAACAUCGACGACAGUGCCAUCAACCUCGGGAAUCGCAGGAAGUUGUGCAGCAGAACUUGGCGGGUCAUCGUCCUCGUUGCUAAGGAGCAGAGGACGGAGCAGCAGGGCUGUACUGUUCAAGGAGGUCGCGGAGGUGGAGGAAAUACAAAUAGAUGCGAGUUCUAGUGCGGGUAUAAUUCAUUGCAUGUGAGCUCCUGCCGCUUUUGGAGGCUCUAUUACUUCGGAUUAUCGUGGCUGCAGGGCAUUUGUUAUUUUUUUGAAAUCUGGUUGUAGCUGUUGCUGUAGUUGUAUCCAAGCCUACCUCGAAUAACAAAAAACUGGUUGCGAUUUUCUCUACCCCAAGAACUGAAAUAAAAUAUUCAACCUGAGGCCCCUCCACACCACCUGUGAGUCGACCGUCGUUAGGCAACAAAUCGCCGACCACAAGCUUCCCAAGCUUCAGUUCCUUAAAAUCUCUUCCUCCCGUACCGCGUACGCAGCUGGACGUGCGUCUCCCGCAGCUGGACCACCUCCCCCUCUCUUCACCGGACGACCUAGACCGACCGCACGGAGUGACGAUGUUUGUGUACGGUGACGAUCCAGUGCCGCGCAUGAGCAAGCGGUGGCCGGGACUGGGACCCAGCCUCGGCAGUGUGUUUGAGCGCUUGAAUAUCCACAGUAAAUUUCUUGUACACGUACAAAUGCGGUGUCUGCAUGGCAAAACUUGGCUUCGAUCCUAGUUUAGCAUGACAAGUUUCACACUCCAAAUUGGGGAAAUUUGUGAUGCAUCUUGUACAUGUACUACGGGAAAUUUGUAAUGCAUACUGAACAUCCUGGAGGGGCUGCACUUUGACCUCUGCCACCCACCGGUUUCUCAGGUGUUUUUCCUGUCGCGCGGUACCUUAUGGAAGCGUCAGGUUUGAAAUCGACAAAGUUGAAAUGAUUUGUCAUGCAUAAAAUGGAUACCAGCUGGAAGCCCAAUUCCCAAGCGGCCCAUGACAAAUUUUCGGAGCACCGGAAUCCAAUUUGUCAUGCUGUUUGGGCACAGAAGACUGCUUUUGUCGUGCUCUUUUAGCAGCUCUAUCCCAAACCCUAAAUAGGCUCACAAUCUGCCUCACUUGCCAUCCCGGCAAUACAGACACCUCAUGCCUUGCAUUUUAUGCAUCACAGACUAUUUCAACUUCGACGAUUUCAAUCCUGACACUACCAUAUACCUGGGACGCGCUCAACUGGGGCGUACCGGAGGGGGUGCUGAAAAAUAGGGUAGCUGGAUCAUUUUUUCAAACUGAAACUUCUUGAUGACGCAGAGUGCUAGCACACAAGAAGUUGUGCUUCCUCAUAACCUCUAUUUAGAUUUUUGAUCGCCGCUUUCACGAAACGAAAUUAUCAAACCGAAACACUAAUACACAAUGAACAAAAACUCAUCCUUCUGCGUUGCAGGAAAACCACAAGACACACAACACUACUUAUAUCAGCGCACCGGCUUCGCCCGCUUUUUCACGGACUAUCUGGUUUCUGAACCCGAGUUGUUUCGGCUGCAGAAUCCGACAGAUGCGAGUAGUGCGAACCCAAAUCCCAUCAACGAGGCAAAAUUGUUUGACCCAGUGCAGUUGUUGUUUGGGUUGCACCUGUUCAACCCGCUAAAUCAGUAAGGGAAGAAGCGAAAAAAUAUUUCUUGUCCUCACUGCGCCUUGUUGCAAUAAUGUACUGUUCAGCUGCAACUUGUUCGCAUUGCUUCCUGUGCAUAAUAUGCGAGCAGCCUGCGGAUGAAAGGGUGGAUAAAGUGGCCACGAGGCUGCAGCUAACAAACAAGACGAGUUAGAACGUUAUGUACAGAUAUGAUGCGAACGAGCGACCGCAAGGCGAAGUUGAGAUGACGAUGAUGCUUUUUUCUCAUACGCCCCUGCACUCAUUUAUGAAAUGCAAAAGCAUCGUACUAGUAUGAAUUGCAACACAAAUUGGCUCAGCAUUACAAAGAAAUUGAAUUUGUAAACAAAUUUGCCUUAGGAACUGGAUUUGUAACGCAUGAAUGCAAUUACAAUUAGUACGAGUGCGAUACUUUUGCAUUGGAUAUCAUUCAACCGGUUCGCGGAACACUUCAACGAGUAUGAGAGUGCACAAUUCCACCCCCUCCUCCUCAUUUGUCAUGCAAAAUACCCAGUCCAGGACACUCCCUAACAAAAUACUCAGUAGGACAAAAUCUCCACCUUUUGCCUCUUCUUGGCACUGUUUGCAUGACAAGCUCUGGUAGCCCAAGUAGCACUACACUCCAGUGCAAAUUUGUCAUGCGGUGCCGGCAAUCUUGCUGAUGCUUGUACUGCCGUUCACGCUGUACAAAUGAGGCGGAGGGGGAGUUGUGCACUGUCAUCGCGAGAUGACGGGCGGCGCUGGACGUAUGGUGCAGGUUCCGGGAGAAACAAUUCCGGAGGUGGAGCGAAGUGUUCGGGGCACCAAGGAUUCUUCGGCCCCAGCGGAGGAAGGAGACAAUUUUGCCGAAUUCGCGUCUUUAUCAAACAGCGGGGAGGGAUUCCUUGACAAUCGUAGUCAAUUUUUGGCGAUAAAUUACUGAAAAACAAAAUGAUAUUACAUCAAAACAGCAAUACAUGAUAUAAUUACAGCAGCUGAAAUGACAAUGAGAUUUAAAGAUCAACGCUUACUAAGUUUCGCAAGAUCGCAGGAGUGCUCUCCCUCUCGCGACUAGCGAUAAUAUAGAUCUUACAUUUACAGGCUCAGGUACUUGUCCAGUUCCAAUCUCAUCGACCCGGUUUGUCGUGAAGCUUUUGAGUUAGAAGGACCGCGAGAGGCUCUCCUCCUCCCUUCUUCUCGUUUUAGUGUAGACAGCAGCUCCGUAGUACAGUAUUGAGUCAAAUAAAACUAAAAAUCGGCACAUUGAAAUUGAAUAUGAUGAAUUCGAGUUCGACAUUGAUUUAAAGACAUUCUUUCGUGUCCUUUCGGUUUCAAGAGCUUUAUCACGUCGAAGAUGGCGCAAAGCGGAGUCGGACACACUUCUACAAUAACGAAAAGGCUCUCGUCCUGUCUCGAUGUAAGAACACUCAAAAUGCAAAUAACCUUUCUUGCGAAAUAAUGACAGAUUAUAUCUUACUGAGUUCGACGAGCAGGAUUUUGAUUUUCAUUUUGCUGUCUACCUUUUAAGUAAUUCGCCUGCGUUUAUUAUCCCUGGAUACAGCGGAUUCGGAGAAGAAUAAACCAGGCGGCGCUCAUCUAUGUGGUCAACGAAAAGCGACAUUCAUAUUGUUAUUGGCUUUCUUUAUGUUUCUUUUUUGAUUUGGAAGUUCUAGUUCUUCAUUUGGCGUGCCGGCUAAAAGGCACCCCAAAUUGGAUAUUCUAAAUGCGACAACACCUCGUCUAAAAGUAAAACCCGGGACGAGCCCGUUUAGAAGCUGAGGCAUUGUAGGUAU